UGGAAAGCAGAUCGUGCUUCGUUUCCCUCUUUUCUCCCAGAGGAACUGUUGUACAGCGCCGUGCGUCUCAGAACUGUGCUUUGUACGAUUGUAAUUCUCAGUUCCUUGAAGGGGGGGUUGGGUUUUUCUCUCGUUGCAGCUACACUAGGAGCUGUGUUUGGCCUAACUACCUGCCUCAGUGCCCAAAUCCGAGAGAAACCAGAGGAUCCCUUGAACUACUUCAUAGGAGGCUGUGCAACAGGAGCUGUCCUGGGUGCAAGAGCUCACAGCUACAUGACCGGUACCACUGCGUGUUUGGGGUUUGGAAUUACUGCUGCUCUCAUGAAGAUCGGCAACAAGGAGGGCUGGAGGCUGACGGGACCUCCCAAGCUGUAACUGUAGCCUUUCCUCCCCGCGAGCUGUCUUUUGAAUGCUGUAUGUAAGAAGCCGUUGUGUAAUAAAGAUACUGUCGAGUCAGCAGUUGUCACAGAA